GUCACUUUAGUCCUCUUUCCCCUCCGCUCAGUAGUUUUCUACCUCUCUGAGGUGUAGUGUUUGUGUCGCGGCGCCCGCGCUCGUAGUGUUUUUGUGUAUGGUGAUCGGUCAGUACUCCUAUAGUAGCAGAAUAAGAAGGGCCAAUCAAUUUCCAGAGCAAAGCAACGGAAAGUUAAUAAGAGAAAAUCAUCUCACCGGGAGUGAUUUUCUAGGUGUGUGACUCGAAGUGGGGUAUGAGCGCGGCCAGCAGGAGGCAGUGAGUGAUUGACAGUGGUGAUGGUUGUGACAGUGAUUGUGAUUGUGAUGUGAUACAGCUAUAGUGACUGUGGCCGUAGUUACGUUGGACACAUGACCAUGGUAACAGAGCCAUGGUGACGACAGAGAUGACGAACGUUGUCCCGCUGUUGUUCCUUCUCAUCCUCCCGUUCUUCGUACAAUCACAAGAGAACUGGAGUGAUGGCAAGACAGCUUUGGACCCAAGCCCUUCUGUUUUUUCUCUUGGAAGAAGCAGUGAAGACGUCAUUGAUUCAUCCGUUAGGCAACCUGUUCUUGGAUCCAGAACUGCAGCGGAUGAAUUCAAAAUUAGUUAUCCAGAAUUUUCCAAAGUAGACCUGCAAAAUUCUGACCUUCCUUUCUCCUACUCUUCUGUCAACAGUCUGGAAUCUAUUACAGAUAAUGAAAUAAAAAAUAUUGAGAAGAGAUCCGUGGAAAAUUCCAAUAUUGAUGAAAAGUUAGAAGAUAAAAUCAAUGCGUAUUCUGUGUCAGUUGUUGAUAAUGACUUAGACGCACCUGCUACGGAUUUCAGUAACACUUUUUACUCUACAAGUAUCCUGAGGGAUCCAGCAAAUGCAGAGUUUUAUCAGAAAAUUCAACCAACAAAAUCAGAUGAUACGGUACAACAAAAUUUUUUCAGCAAGACCUUGGAAGACAACAAUUAUUACAGGAAUGAGGGGGAAGCCAAGAGGGCUUCGGCGAAAGGGAGAGCUCUUCCCCUGCCGAAGCCCCGUUCUGCCUCAGAUAUGGAUGUCCAGAGUCACAACAGCAGCUUACAGACCUCGAGCCAUAGAAGUGACAAACCCAGUCCAGACAUACACGACAUCAUCAAUGGAUUUGUCAAACUCCUCAAUGGAAACGUUCAAGUCCAGGUGAAUACCAAUAAUCGUCCUUUUGGUGGUCGACCACUGUAUCCGGUGAGGACCAGGAUCAACAAUAGAGGACCCCCAAGAAUCACAGAUGUUCCUCCUAUAGACUUUGACCCUCCAGUUCCUUCCAGACCUUCCAUGGGAUCAAAACCACCACACCCUUUAAACAACCUCAAAAUACCACCUCCCUAUCCGUUUGAUAUACCUCCUCCAAUAUCUUCUCUCCCUCCUCAACCAUCAGUCAUAAGGCCAUUUUUAUCUGGAAUUCCAUUACCAGAACAAAUAGUUCCUAAAGAUCCUAACACGAUAAGUAUUACUUCUGAAAGCAACAUUCCACUUGAAAACUUUAACAAAUCGUAUAUUGCUCCAUCUAAAACUAAAUUCAGUCCCUUUGGAAAUGAAUACCAAAAAACAAAGCCUGGAAGCCUUAUAAACAAUGAGACUGACCCCGUCAAAGAAACUAUGAAGAAGCCUAUUCCUUAUAAACCAACAAAUUCUUUCAUUCAACCAUCAGAAAUAACUCCUCUCACUACACCCACCUUGGCUGUAAUUCAAAAUAAAGAUCCCAUUUACAACGAAAGCACAUCUAUACAGCCAGGAACUACAUCACUAUUAGAACAAAAUAUGAACAACACUUCCCAUCAGAGUAUAAAGCCAAAUUCAGAUCCAGGAUCCAGACCAGGAAUGAUCAGCGUUAAUGUAUCAACAUCUGUAUUUUCUGUCGAUAACUCAUCUCUAAGUACUAAAGAAGAAGGAUUAUCAAUCAUCGAUAACAAACAUAUAACCACUACUAUAAAAACAACAACUCCAAAAACAACUCCAAAACCAUCAACUCCAAAACCAACAACUCCAAAACCGACAACAGUAGAGAUAUCAUCCAACAAACCUCCUACUGUCAGUAAGCCAUCAACUCCUCUGAUAGAAUCUUCCAUGGCUGAAGUGUCAACUCCUGAUCCACAAAAACCACAGUGGGGAGAUUCGACUUCUUCCACCAGUACCACUCCUCUUCAGUCAGAAACGAACUUCAAGUACUAUCCUCGUCCUGGGAUAGUGCUGGACGACCCAGAGUACAAACCGGGUGGUGGUUCUAUGGCGUAUCAGCCCAUCGUUACCGCACCCGUGGCUCUGAGACCCACCAGCUCUGGAGAGGUGUUUGAUGUCACGGUGUCUGCCAUUCAGGGUCCUAGCUCCUCCAAUACAGGCCAUCCCUACAUCUACCCAGUAGACAUAGAAGGUGUGCAAGUAGGAGGUGCUGGAUCGGGGGAGGUGUCAGUUAUCACGACCGCAGAGGCCGGUCAACACUUUGUGUCCAUCGACGGCAAGAGGACCUACAUCAACUUGUUCAACUCUUCACCAUCUGUGGCUCCAACUGCAUCCAAGAAACAGUCCAUCAUCAAACCUACAGGGACAUACAGUGUGGGUAAAGUGGGGAAUGAUUAUCCUCAAAGCAACGCCAACAAACGACCAGUUUUCCAUCGCCGACCUGCACAUCCUCCUGUCCGCAUUGACACUUGUAUCGUGGGUGACGACUCCACAUGUGACAAGGCCCAGAAUGAACGCUGCCGUACGGAGGUGGGUGUAUCGUCCUGCCACUGUCGCCCGGGCUACAGCCGCAGAAAACAUCGGGAACCUUGUAUACGUGUAGUGUCUAUUGUGAUGUCACUGCGAGUUGACCGGAUGUAUGAUCAGCGGCUGACAUGGACGGAUAAACUACGUGACAAAGACUCUCCAGAGUAUCUUCAUCUGGAGUACGAGUCAAGCAAUGCGAUUGAGUCAGCCAUGCAGAUGACUCCAUUUUCUGAUGAGUUCCUUGGGUGUAGAGUGAACAGCCUGUACACUGUUCCUUCUAGGCACUCAACAGGAUUGUCACCUGUCUACGUGAACUUGACCCUCCAACUGGAGGAGAGUGCAGAGACUCUCCGUCCAGCCAUCAAAAAGGACAUCCAGAGACAUCUGCUGGGUGUGAUCCACCGUCGGAGCAACAACAUCGGUUCCAGCUCUCUGUGGGUGGACAGUCCUGCUGGCUCAGUCUCGCAGUUGGAAGAUUUGGAUGAGUGUCAGCACACAGACUUGCAUGACUGCCACCUAGUAGCGACUUGUAGCAACACGUUUGGCUCGUUCCACUGUGUCUGCCCAGAAGGGUACCGUGACCCUUGGGCUGGCAAUAACCACCACAGCGGUCGAGAGUGCCACACCUGCCCCCAGGACUUCUGCAACCACCGGGGAGAAUGUAGAUACCAGAACGACCAGCCAGUCUGCAAGUGUGCUGGAAGCUACUAUGGAGCACAGUGUGAGAUUGACGGGGAGGUUCUCGGGGUGGCCAUUGGAGCCUCUGUUGCUGCCGUUAUCAUCAUCGUGUCCACACUGGUUUGUCUCUGUAUGUGGAGCCGAAGAUGGAGUCGUGAGCAGAAGGUAGCGGCAGGCAUGGGUUCACCUGUUUUUGGCUACAUGGCCACAACACGCAACAACACCAUCAAGACACCCGCUGUAGGGACAUCUCCCUACCAAGUAUCUCUUGAGGAUCGGUUACGCUGGGCCCAGAUAGCUGAUGUAAUGGCUCAAGCAACUAACCACUAUGCAGUUUUACAGCCAGAACCUGGUGGAAUAGCCACAAGGCCAUCAUCUACAAUAUUCGGGUACGGGGGGACCCUGCCCCACCUCUCUGCGCCAAUACCCAUGCCAAGACUGAGUCUGAGGCCAGCAUCAGUACAUGGAACGCGAGCUGCGGACAGCAGCUGCAGUGAGGAGGAAGACAGGACAGACCUCCUCGGUAGAAAUUUCCAUGUUCCUCGACCCAAGAGUAGAUCUUCUGUAGCAAACCAGAGUGGGAUCUACUACGACGUGGACUACGAACAGCAACCAGUGCCUACUUGUAUUCCCAUGAAUACGUAUACGAUGAGUAACAGGUCUAACUACUACUGCACUUGAGCCGAACCUCUUCCAUCUGCUAGCAUUCUGCUCCCAAUGACAAUGUCUCUAGCUCUUCAGACUACGAAAUUGUAUAUAUUGUAUUUCACUUUAUUAUGUUUGUAAAUAAAUAUUGAUUAUAUUCUUACCAAACAAAAGAGUUAUGAUUUUUA